AUGUUCCUGGCCAAUCAGGUCUCUAUUAAAUGUGACAUCAUCACCUGCCUGUUGGACACAGAGUACAGGAAAGAAUGGGAUUCCCUGGUGAUAAAACUGGAAGUGUUUGAGAGGGACGAGGUGUCGGGAUCAGAGAUUAUUCACUGGGUCACACACUUUCCAUACCCCAUGUACUCCCGUGAUUAUGUGUAGGUCAGGCGGUAUAACGUGGAUGUGGAGAACAACUUCAUGGUGUUGGUGUCCAGGGCAGUAGAGCAUCCGGCUGCCCCCGAGUCCCCAGACUUUGUGCGGGUGAGGUCCUACCAGUCCAAGAUGGUUAUCAACCCCCACAAGUCUUUUGAUGAGAAUGGAUUUGACUACUUGUUGACCUACAGUGAUGACCCUCAGACGGUGUUUCCUCGCUACUGUUUGAGCUGGAUGGUGUCUAGCGGAAUGCCAGACUUUUUGGAAAAACUGCACGCUGCAACUGUCAUGGCUAAAAACAUGGAGAUGGAAGUAAGAGACUACAUCUCGAUAAAACCAGUGGAGAACAAGCCCACGUCUAGCCAGGAGCGCGUGCCUGAGAGCGAUCGCAACGUCCAGCAGCAGAUGGAAUACGCAUAGCACUGUGGAGCCACAGACAAAUAAUAUUGCAACCAAAACGUUCAAACACCGCUCUUGCUGGAGCACACAGAUGUAUUUUUUUUUGCACCAGGGCGAUUCGGCUGCAGUUGCUAUGGCAGCAGAGACUUCUAAACAAGGCCAGGCGUCGAGAUGAUCGCUGACGUUUCACUGCAGUGGAGCAGAACUGAGCUCUGGUUAUCCUCCAGCUGUGAGAGAAUCCCCUGCGUCAUUUAAACAUGUCCAAGUGUGAGGGAGCGCUUUUCUGAUGACUAGCACUUCAACCGCAGGGCUCUCAAACAUCACCAAUACUCCAAUAAAACAAUUCAAAUAAAUAAGUUUUUCCCCUUUUUAAAACAAAAAAAUCCAUCCAAGUUUUCUAAGUGCUGCCCAGUGAC